AUGGACUUUACCGUUGGACAAGAUCACACAUUGACACUCCGCAAAAUGGACGACGCCGCCAAGUCGUUUCGUGGAUUUUUGUUUCGCCUAGGGCCGCCACCCGACGAACCCGAUAUUGACACGACAGAUGCCCUGACUCGAACGACCAGCAACACGACCGUGGCAUUUGAUCAGUGCAUCAUGGGUGAAGGCGUAGGAGGACUCGGUCAUACCAACGCAUUGCUCAAAGAAUCGGUAUCUGGAAUUCUACGCAUGGAACGCGUGGCACGAGGAAUGCCACUGGAUGUGACGGUUGUCAUUCAAAACUACGGAGGAUUGUCCGAAUACUAUUACCAACAAUUCAUUAUCAAUGCCGUACAGGGAGAUACUGGACCGGGGGGACCUGUGCCUCCUCCCAGGAUUCCCACCUUUCCACCCAUUCUCACUGGCGGUGAUUUUCCUCCCGCCGUGGCACCCAUUUUACCUCCCAAUGUCGCACCUAUCCUGGCGCCAACAACAACACAACAACAACCACCAGAAGAAGAACCCACCGUAUCGGAAGAAUCACCUCCAAUUCCACAACCCGUCCAUCAGCAAAAAGCCGCCCCGGACGCGAAAUGUGGAUCUUUGGCGGCUGCCGGGGACCGUGGAGGUUCGGCCGCACAAGCCAAGGAUUGCUCCCGCCACAGUGCCGAUGGUGGAGGAGGAUUUCGGCGUCGAAAACUAAAGGGGAGCACCUACUAG